CGUGACAUCAUACGGUGCAGAUCCGACCGGCAAAAAUGAUAGCACAGAUGGGAUUUUGAGAGCAAUAAAGGAUGCGACGUCCGCCCCGAGUGGAUUCCUUUAUGACCAGAUUCAUAAUCUCGGCGGCGCAAGGGUUGAUCUCGAUGGCGGGGUCUAUGUUAUCACCCGACCGCUUCAGCUCCCGACAGCCGGACUAGGAAAUCUCGUGAUUCAUGGAGGAACACUCAGGGCGUCGAAUAACUUUCCGGUGAAAGGAUACCUAAUGGACUUAUCGGAUCCGCUGUCCAGCAAAGGCAAAUUACCAUACAAUUUUGAGUUCAUAACAUUAAGAGAUCUAUUGCUGGAUUCCAACUUCAGGGGAGGAGGCAUUCAAGUGGUGAAGUCACUAAGAGUCUCUAUUGACAACUGUUACAUUACUCAUUUCACUACAAUUGGGAUUUUAGUCAGUGGCGGUCACGAAACCUACAUCAGAAAUUCAUUCCUCGGUCAACACAUCACAGCCGGCGGCGAUCCCGGGGAACAGGAUGUAAAUGGGACGGCGAUAGAUCUGUGGGGGAACGAUAAUGCGGUGACGGACGUCGUGAUUUUCUCGGCAUCUAUCGGAAUCAAGCUUGCCGGCCAAGCAAACGUUUUGACAGGCGUACAUUGUUACAAUAAGGCCACCGGAUCUGGCGGCACCGGAGUUUACAUAAAGCUCCCCGGAUUAACACAAACCAGGAUAGUGAAUUCCUACUUUGGAUAUACAGGGAUAAUAGCCGAGGACCCUGUCCAGCUUCAUAUCUCUGGCUGCUUAUUUUACAAAGGUGCUUUUAUUAGCUUCAAGUCCGUCAAAGGGGUGAUCAGCGGGGUCAAUGUAGUGGACAACAUAUUCAACGGAACACAAAAUAACACAGAUAUUGUUCAGCUGGAUGGGGGAUUUAACCAGAUUAAUCAAGUAACGAUUGAUAGGAAUAACGUUGAUCAUGGAAUGAACCUUAAAUCCACAAUUGGAAGGGGGAGUAUCAAUGGCAGCCAACUUAGCUGGGAAGUGGAUCUCAGCCCAACUCUUCUCUUCCCAAAUCUCAUUCAACAUGUGGAAUACAUGUUUAUCCCUGAUGGGAACUCUUUCCCUAGGCAUGUCUUGAGAAAUAUGUCGAACAACCGAGUUGUGAUCGAGUCAGAUGUGAAAGUUCAAGCUCAGGUUUUUGUCAUGGCUGACCAAGGAAAGUCUUAUUGAUUAAGAUGCAUCAGUUAAGUGUGAGACUCCAUUUAAUAUGGUGGGAGGGAGUGUGCAUUCUCAUAGAACUAAGUCUAUGGAAAUAUUAUGCAUUUACAUUGUAAAAAGGUAUUGCUACAAAAUCAUAUUCAUUGUGUGAUGAUCACAAUGUCAUAUUUUUCAUGACUUGAUGAAUAUGUGUCACAUUAUUAUGUAUUCUUAUUAUCAUGUACACGUUUAAUGUCCUCCUAGAUGUACACUUCUUUAGUAUGUAUUCUAGUCUCUUAAAAACAUCUUUCUUUCGUCCAUCGUACACUUGUCUAGUGAAUAAAUAUAAUUGGUGUUCCUUUUGCUUUCAA